GCCGAGUGGCCGCGAGACAGCCCCAGCUAGCCUAGUGUCAGUGUCAGUUGCGUCCUACCGGCCCCUGUCUGUGGAUACAGUGACCACAUCCGUCCGCUCUUCUCUAGUCAUCCAAAAAUUAGCUGUUAAAAUUUCCGGGUCUGCAAGUUGACAUUGACCAUGUUAGUUAUGUGCUCGAAAUGGUGAGGUGAAGCGUAGUGAAUGAAGAUUGUUGCAACAAAGGAAGAUGAGUGAAUACGAAACCAUCCCCAUGGUAACCACAGGGGUACCAACCCUCGUGCCGGCUAGGGCGCGGACACAACUGUUACACCUGCCCAGGAGCAAAGCUGUCGACGUCAUCUUCGAGGACAUCAGACUCACUGUCAGCACUGGCAGCGUCUUCAACAAACGGAAGAAAGAGGUGCUGAAAGGAGUCUCUGGAAGGUUCUGCUCUGGUGAGGUGACAGCUAUAAUGGGUCCUUCUGGUGUCGGCAAAUCUUCUCUCCUCAACAUCCUCACUGGUUUCCAAGUGGAAGGAAUGAGGGGGAAGAUCAUGUGCUCAGCGCGCCAGAGGAAGAACGGCGAGAUGAAGACGGAACCACUGAACAAGAAGGACUGCUGCUACAUCAUGCAGGACGACAACCUGACACCGCUGCUGACAGUACGCGAAGUGAUGUUAACAGCUGCCGAGCUAAAACUGGAGCAGAGUAUGUCCAGGAAGGCCAAGUUCAUACUGGUGGAGGACAUCAUAGAGAACGUUGGCCUGAGCUCGACCAUUAACACGAGGUGUAACCGACUGUCUGGCGGCCAGAGGAAAAGGUUAUCGGUGGCUUUGGAGCUGAUAAACAACCCACCCGUCAUGUUCCUGGACGAGCCGACAACGGGACUGGACAGUAUGACGACGCAGCAAGUCGUGAGUCUGCUGCAGAGUCUAGCGAGGGGUGGUCGCAACAUUAUCUGCACGGUCCACCAACCCAGUGCCUCCGUCUUCGAGAUGUUCGACCACACGUACAUCAUCGGUGGUGGUUACUGUGUCUACCAAGGGUCCAGUGCCAACGUCCUGCCAUUCUUGCAGUCCAUAGGGCUGCCGUGCCCACAGUACCACAAUCCUGCCGACUUCAUGCUGGAUGUGGUGUCUGGGGAGUUUGGUGACCACACUCAACAGCUGGUGGACACGGCAACAAACUCCAUCUGGCGGAGUGCACCCCCUAAACUCCACGAUCUCGAGCCUAACUCAAUAGAGAGAGACAUCCAAACCAACCACCAGAGUCCACCCUCGGAGUGGUACAGGUUUCGAGUCUUGCUAAGGAGAACAUUCAAACUCAUGUUUCGAGAUUGGACGGUGGUGUACCUGAAGUUGGUGGUCCAUUGUUUGGUGGGUCUGAUGAUCGGAGCGCUGUUCCAGAAGUCCGGUGUCGACGGUAACAUGUCAGUCAGCAACAUCGGUUACUUCAUGGCUUCCGCCGUCUACCUCAGUUACACUUCACUCAUGCCUGCCAUACUUAAGUUUCCUUCAGAACUGGGAAUCAUCAAGAAAGAACAGUUCAACAAUUGGUACAAACUAAGAACGUACUACAUCGCUUUUCAAGUGACGAACUUGCCUAUGCAGGUGUUGUUCGCCUCGUUCUACAUAGCCAUCUCAUACUACCUGACGUCACAGAUUAUGGAGGUGGACAGGUUCUUCAUGUUCUUGUUGGUGAACACCAUCAACAUCAUGAUCUCCGAGUGUCUAGGGCUAGGUCUUGGCACGUCCAUCAACCCCGUGAACGGGAUCUUCUUGGGAGCAGUGGGAAUCUGCUUCAUGAUCCUGAUGGCGGGGUUCCUGGCGCUGUUCAAGGACAUGCCUUUGAUCUGCUUCUACGUUACGUACACGAGCUAUCUGCGAUACACUCUGGAGGGUAUGGUGCUGGCGGUCUACAGCUACGACCGUGAGAACCUCGCUUGUGACGAGUACUACUGUCACUACCGCACCCCGAUGGCGAUCCUGGACGAGCUCGACAUGAGGGAUGGAAACUACUGGCUCGACGUGGGCGUGUUGACCGGAAUGACGUCAUUCUCACUACUGUACGCCUACUACAGCCUUCGUGCACGGAUGAAGGGGUAGUUCUGGCACUGAUCACUGAUCUAUUCCCUACUCCACAACAACACUUCUGAGCACAGCAAGGUUUACAAAGCCCAGCAUAUACAGAACACUAUUAUGUAUAACGUACUUGUUUUUAGAGUAUAUACAUUUUAUUUUACUUGUUGUUAAAGAACUUGUUUGUGACAAAUCAAUAAACUUUAGUGAUUUACUCCACACACCACCUUCGUAAAGAAGGUGUACCUUAACUGUGUGAUACAACUAGAUUAAGUGAUAACUGUGAUUAUCCUUAAAUAGUAAGGAUAAUCGUGUAAGCUCACUUCUUGCCUUGUUUGCAUGGAUAUGACUUGGUUGUGAUACAAGACAAAAAUUAAACAUGGGUUGUAGUGCAUCCCUGAUUGCAUAUUGUUAUCAGCACAGGUGUUACUAAACUUUACGUUAUUUUCAAACUAUGAAACACUUACUCAAGAUUAUUGUAUUAACUAAUUAAGAUUGUUGUUUUUAGAAAUAUGAUAUCUAGUUUAAACUAUUUUUCUUUAUGAGUUACACUAAAAAAUUGUCACAAAAUGAUAAAAGAUAUCUUACUAGAGAACUUUAUUACUUUAUUAAAAAUGUGCACGGCCAUGAAAUAUAUAAUUUUUAUUUCGUUUAUUAAGUUGAACAGACCAAACAUUUGGGCGCAGAAAAAUAUUCUAGGUAGCAUUGUAGAAAAACUAUAGAAGAAUUUAAAAUUAAACUUGACGAAGUCAGAUAUGGUCCUAAGUAAUGAAGAUAAUACUGAACCUUAAAAUAUACAAUGAUGAUUAGUAAAGUUAUGUUAAUCGUUAUCCCGUAUAGUAGCUUUCAUAUGUAUGUCAUGUGAAUACACAUGGCUUAUGUUUCAUUGAUACCAGUCAUCAGUGUGAAAUCUAUUGUCCAUAUUUCAUGAAACAAGUAAGUACUGUCCAUAUUCUUCGAAUUUGGAAAAACACCUUACCGUUAUCGCUAUAACUUAAAAAUUUGUGGUCGAUGACAAAUAGCUGGUUGAGGAGUUUCAUAAUAAAUAACAUCUUAAAGAAAUAAGGAUGGGCGUUUAACAUCCAAAUUAUCAUGAGCGAUGAAAGUCUGUGACCAACAUGUUGUUCCAAAAAAAGAAUAAUGGUUAAGUUAAUACAAUGCGAACGUUAUACAUUUCUAAAAUAAGAACCAAAAACAGGCCUCACCCAAGUAUAGUGGGACAUCAAUUUUAAAUCUCUUAUCAUUUAUUUUUAUUUUUAUUGUAAAUACUACAUUUAACCAUAAAUAUGACAAAAAAGCUACCAAAUCUCACCCCUUACCUCCUAGAUAUUGAAUUUUACGGUUUUAAAAUCUAGUUCUAGGUUCUAUAUGUUUAUGUUGUAUUUCAUAGCGUUUUAGUUAACGGGAUUGCUAAACUAUUUGAAUGAUUCUCUAAAAAUUAUCCAUAUACUUCAGCAACAUUAUUAUUAAUACCAUUUAUGUCCUAAUGGAAUCAAUUGUAUAUUUAUUUAUGUAUAAUGAAUAUUAAAUCUUUAGGAGCAUUGUUCAACAGACUUAGUGCAUACCAUUUAAAUAACUGUAAAUGAGAAACAUUUUAUAAAAACACUGCAAAAGUUUAGACCGAUUCCAAUUUUUCGGAGGUACUUAAACAACGUAAGUUAUAUAACGGAGUAUAUACUGAGUAAGUUAUAUGUUCUGUAUUUUUUCUUAUAAGUGAUCCGAUAUUAUAAGAUUUUUUUAAAUGACAGAACCAUAAGAUUACAUAAUACUAACAAGAAAGAUUUGAUUCAUUAAUUUUUGAAACACCUAACUAUUUUCAUACUAUUUAUUUAGAUUAAAAGAUGUUGAAUUAGAAUUUAAAAAAAGAUUAAAUGCCAUUUUAUAUUGGUUUUCAGUUGUAUUUUAGAAAUACAUUAAUCGUUGUAUUGCUAAAAAAUGGUUUGUGCAACUUUCUUUACAACUCAUUCACCAUAUUUAUUUUUAUUUCGCAAACCCCCAUUCAGCAACUAAUAAUUUUAUUCUCUUGUAGUAAAAAGAUAACUGGAUUCUUGAUCUCUUACUCAAACCGAUCUUGGGAGUUUAUAACGUAUUGGUAAGCAAGGCUUUCGUAUGCGAUUGCGUUUAAAGUACAAUACCUUCCUAUCAACCAAACUGAUAAAUUGUGUUACUAUCACUGAAUGCGUUUGUAACUUUAGGAUCGUGGCAGACGUAAAUAAAUGUAUUAUCAGUAUAUCUCUAGUCGACAGUAUGUCACAUGAAGUCGGAGAUAAGUUCAGUGAGAUAAGUGUUAUCGUAAGUCCCGGUUAUGCGAGGUUGCUUUAGACGUAACGACUGUCAUAGUGCUCGAUAACUACGGGAGUGCGAAGUCACAUGUGAGGAUUGAAGUAUACAGCCUGUCGGAGUAGACUAUAGUUAACAAUAUAAUGCAACUAAUGUGUUUAAUGUGAUACUUCAGAGGAAAUUAAGUCGAUACUUUUUUGUUUCAAUCCUGCCCCUGCCCGUAGUUGCAUUAACCGGCAUUUUCCCUCAGACAGCUGCAUCCCUAAUUGAUGUAUAAUUGGAAAUGGCCAGUUUCUAUUACGUUGAGUUAACGGAUAUAUAUAUAGUUAAAAUAUUGAUUCUUAUUUUAGUAGAAAUUAAUAAUAGUAUAACCCCUACCACUUAAACAUUCAGUUUACUUCUGUAACAACUCACGCAGCAUGAUAAGAGUAAAUUUCCAUUAAGAUUGUUAACCCAAUUUGGGACAACCCACCUUGUCUACCCUCCAUUCCCUUCCUCAACCCCUCCCCCAAGAGGAGGAGGUAGGGCAAUGGUUACACUUAUAAAAAACCACUACGUUUCAUUUAUAAAUAACUCUUUUUUUAAGUGAUUAAAUUUUCUAUGAUUUUUAUAACUUAUAACAGUUUAAAAUGUUUAUAUAUACAAAGACAACGUGUUUUCAACAAAGUAAUUACCACAAUUACUAAUAUCCUCAUUGUUCUCAUCCCACACAACACACCAUGAUUCGCAGUACUACUAAUAAACCUACUCUAUAUUUUAAUUUGUGUGAUAGUGUUAAUCAUUUUUAUUUGUUAGUGUUUGUUAAAAUGUAGAAUUGUCGAAUUGUCCCUUGAUAUUUUGUAUGUAUUUAUUUUGUAUCCAUAUUUACUUCUCAGUAUUUUCAUAGAAAAGACAAUGUUUUUUUUCGAAUGGCAUGUGCAAUAUUAUAAAUACUGCUGUAAUGUAAAUAUUAUUGUAGAAAUAUUUAGUUAUUAAAAAUAUUUCGUUAACA